GGUGACAUUUCGCCAUCGCUCGGUGUCGUUGUCACCCGUCCCGGCAAUUACCGGGGCGGGCUCUGUCCCCCGCCCCGCCCGGCCCCAUAAAGCCACUGUCACCUGCGGGGGACACGGCCCAGGGGACAGGAACCGGGAGGUGACACAUCCGCAGGCCCAGCCAUGUCCCGCGCGUCCAGAUCUGCCCGCAGGAGGAGACCGCGGGGACACCGCCGGGGGAUCACGGCGGGGAGCGAGGGCGUCAUCGACCCCGACAUGGUGGCCUUGUUCGAGAUGUUCCUGCCAUCGAUUACACCGCUGGCCUCCUGUGUGCCGCGGCCGUCGCCUCGUCCGUUCCGUUACAUGGUGCGGGACACGGAGCAGCAGGGGCUGUGCCUGUGGGACGGGCACCUGGUGGCCACCACCCUGCAGGGUGCCAACGCCAGCCAGGAAGAGAUCAUCAGCGUUGUCCCCAACCGGCACCUGGAGCGCCAGCGCUGGCCCCUCUUCUUGGGCAUCCGCGGUGGCACCUGGGCACUGUCCUGUGGCACCGGGCCCGAGCCACGGCUCAGCCUGGAGGACGUGGGGGUGAUGGAGCUGUUCUCGGCUGACAAGGACAGGGCCACGCCCUUCACCUUCUACAAGACCUUCGGGGGCUCCACCCACACCUUCGAGGCCGCCGCCUUCCCCGGGCUCUUCCUCAGCACGGCCCCGGGGGAGGAGCUGGCCCUGGCACCGCCCCCCGGUGCCACCGCCUUCUACCUGCGCCGCAUGUGACACCGCGGGGACAUCGGGGCUUGGGGACAUCCAUGGUGGGCCCUUCCAUGGUGGGACCUUCUGUGG